UCUAAACAAUACCAAAACUUCCUCUCACCAAAAAAGAAGAGGAAAAAUACAAACCAAAACACACACACAAAUUUAUAAUAAAAUUCUACUUAAAAAUCCCAUGGGGCCAUGCAUGUCCAUCCCAAGGCGCACCGUCCUCUUCAAGAGGCGGGACCAACGGCCCGGCCAGCCCCGGCCUCCGAAGCCGUCCGGGCCCCGCCCCCACCGCGUGUCGAGGCCGGUCACCGUGCUGGCGGACCCCACGGGGAGCAACAUCUACAAGAGGUACCGCCUCGGGAAGGAGCUCGGGAGGGGGGAGUUCGGGGUGACGUACGAGUGCUUUGACGAGGCGACGGGCGAGAGGUUCGCGUGCAAGAAGAUAUCGAAGAGCAAGCUGCGGAUGGACGUGGACGUGGAGGAUGUGAGGAGGGAGGUGGAGAUCAUGAGGCACCUCCCCAAACACCCCAACAUUGUGAGCUACAAGGAGGUUUAUGAGGAUAAGGAGGCAAUAUAUUUGGUGAUGGAGGUGUGUGGGGGUGGUGAGCUCUUUGAUAGGAUUGUUGCAAGGGGCCAUUACACUGAGAGGGCUGCAGCUCAAGUCACCAAGACCAUUCUUGAGGUUGUCAAGGUAUGUCAUGCUCAUGGAGUAAUCCACAGAGAUCUUAAGCCUGAGAACUUUUUAUACGCAAACUCUAGCGAAAAUUCUCCAUUGAAAGCCAUUGAUUUUGGCCUUUCCAUUUUUUUCGAACCAGGUCAAAGAUUCACUGAGAUAGUUGGGAGCCCAUAUUACAUGGCACCGGAGGUGCUGAGGCGAAAUUACGGAAACGAAGUCGAUAUUUGGAGUACCGGUGUUAUUCUCUAUAUUCUUCUUUGCGGAGUUCCUCCUUUUUGGGCAGAAACGGAAGAAGGAAUAGCACAAGCAAUUGUGUAUGGACAGAUCAAUUUCAAGAGGGAUCCAUGGCCUAAAGUUAGUGAGGAAGCUAAACAACUUGUCAGAGGCAUGCUCGAUCCCACCCCUUUUAGUCGUCUCACCAUCGACCAAGUCCUUCAACACCCAUGGAUACAAAAUGCUGACAACGUUUCAAACGUUCCAUUGGGCGACCAAGUGAGAACAAGAAUAAAGCAGUUUUCUUUGAUGAACAAAUUCAAGAGGAGAGUUCUAAGAGUGGUGGCCGAUAAUUUGCCCGAGGACCAAGUAGACGGAAUCAAAGAAAUGUUCCACAUGAUGGACACGGACAAAAACGGGCACCUAAAUUUCCAAGAAUUGAAAGACGGCUUGUUCAUGAUCGGGCAACCCGUGCCCGAUCACGAUGUGCAGAUACUGCUAGAUGCCGCCGAUCUUGAUGGAAAUGGGAUGCUAAGUUGUGAAGAGUUUGUGACAUUGGCUGUGCACUUGAAAAGAAUAAACAGUGAAGAACUUCUAAGAGAAGCAUUUUUACAUUUCGACAAAGAUAGAAGUGGAUACAUUGAAUUUGAGGAGUUGCAAGAAUCUUUGUUGGACGAUCAUUUUGGCCCCGCCAACGAACAAGUCAUUCAUGACAUUAUUUACGAUGCCGAUCUCGACAAGGAUGGGCGGAUUAGCUACUCGGAGUUUAAGGAGAUGAUGACGACCGGAAUGGAUUGGAAAAUGGAAUCACGACAAUACUCUCGAGCUAUGCUUAAUGCUCUUAGCGUCAGAUUAUUUAACAAGGAAACCUCUAUUUGCAAUUAAUUUCUUCUUUUUUCUUUCCCCAUUUUUUCGCAUCCAAUAUGCCAGUUAGUUGGUUUAAUCCAAAACUUAAUGUUGGAUGCUUUUCUUCAAUCUCUAUUUUAUUUUAUUUUUUCUUUCUUUUUUUGGGAUGAAUAGAGAGUGAGUAAUGUCCUAAAUUAGAUUAUUUGAUACAUACAUUUGGUGCUAAAUCGGAGGUUAUUAUCACUAUACUAAUUGGAGAUAUUGAUAAUUGGAAAGUGAUGUUUUUGUAUUUU